GGUCUAGCAGGCCAUUCUCAAGUCCACUCACUGUAAAGGACGAAGACGAACACGAAGAGAAGGGACCGUCAUCAAUUCCUGAUUCCUCACUCUCUUUCUGACUUGCUCAUCUGUCAUUCGUGGAUCCCAUCCUUGGAUUUGUAGCCCGUAGUCUCAUCGGAUUGGCCCGUUACCCGUUACCCGUUGCCCGCCCGCCUUAGCUCGCCUUAGCUCGCCGUCGUGUCCAUUGAGCAUGUCCGAUCCCAAACCCGAAGGUUCGGCCGCCCCGCCCUCCAAAGAAGAGGAGAACCCGAAGAAAGAGGAGGAGGCCCCUGUGCACACCAUCGCCGAUGAUUCUGACGAUGAGGAAGCCGCUUUGGGACCCGCCAUUUCAGUCCACGUCAAGACGCCUCAAACCACGAAAACUGUGUCUGUCAAAGAAAAAGCCAGCGUCAACCAAUUUCGCCAAUUGGUGGCCCGAGAGUUCCAGGAGCCCGUGGAGAAGCUCUGUCUCAUCUUUGGUGGUAAAAUCAUGAAGGAUCACGAGACUUUGGCCACGCAUGCCAUCGCCAACGACCGCACGGUCCACUUAGUGAUCAAAUCCGGUGCCUCGAGCCAAGGCAGCAACAACAACACCGGUGCCAAUGCUUCAUCCCAGCAAACCCCCACAAAUCCGAGUGCCUCGCCUUUUGGUUUGGGCGGCAUGGGUGGUAUCCCGGGGAUGAGCAACUUGGGCAUGGGCUCGGCCAAUUUUAUGGAAAUGCAGCAGCGCAUGCAACGCGAGAUGAUGGGCAAUCCGGAAAUGAUGCGCCAGCUCCUGGAUUCGCCUUUGACCCAAAGUCUCAUGUCUAAUCCGGAGAUUAUGCGAUCCCUCAUGCAAUCUAAUCCUCAGAUGCAACAAUUGAUGGAGCGUAAUCCCGAGAUCACGCACAUGUUGAGCAAUCCUGACAUCUUGCGGCAAACAAUGGAGAUUGCCCGGAAUCCUGCCAUGUUGCAAGAACUCAUGCGGAACCAAGAUCGAGCCAUGUCCAACUUGGAAUCCAUUCCCGGUGGUCAGAGUGCCCUUCAGCGAAUGUACCGCGAUAUCCAAGAGCCCAUGCUCAAUGCAGCCCAAGAUCAUUUAGGGUCGAACCCAUUUCAAGCGCUCUCCGGGAACUCGCGAGGCCCUGGAGCCUCGACCACGGGCGAGAAUGCCACGCCCAUGCCCAAUCCUUGGGGUGGCAAUAGUGGGGGUGGUAGCAGUAAUCAGGCGGGCACCAAUACCUCGGGAUCAAAUAAUUCUGGAACUGGUAGUGGGACCACACCAGAUUUGACCGGUGGUAGUUUGUUCGCUUCCCCGGGGAUGCGGUCUUUGAUGCAGCAAAUGACCGAGAAUCCCCAACUGAUGCAGAACAUGAUGAACGCCCCCUACACGCGAUCUCUGAUGGAUACACUCUCCCAGAACCCGGACAUGGCUGCGAAUAUCAUGUCCAGCAAUCCUCUGUUUGCGGGCAAUCCAGCCCUCCAGGAGCAAAUGCGGAACAUGAUGCCCGCCAUGAUGCAGCAGAUGCAGAAUCCCGCCGUUCAGAGUCUAGUGAGCAAUCCCGAUGCUAUGUCAGCUCUGAACCAAAUCCAACAAGGCCUCCAGAGGCUGCAGACCACCGCCCCGGAAGUGUACACCUCUAUGGGCAUGCCUGCCAUCGCCCCUGGGUUAUUCUUGGGUGGCCAGCAGCAACCAUCCACGACGACCACAGCCACCACAGCCAGCCCGACGACCACCAACACCACGUCCCCUAGCCCCUCUUCCGCUCCCGCGAGCACUGGAAAUGCGUCGGGAUCCAACCCGAACGUGGGCGGGAGUCCGGCGGCGGGUGAGGCUUUCUCGCAGUUGAUGAAUCAGAUGGUGAGCAACAUGGCCAACCAAGGUCUCAACAAUCCACCAGAGCAACGGUUCCAAAGCCAAUUGGAUCAACUGGCCAGCAUGGGCUUUGUGGAUCGGCAGGCCAACAUUCAAGCCUUAAUAGCAACUUUCGGAGAUGUAAAUGCGGCUAUUGAUCGGCUACUGAACUCGCGCCAACCUGGACAACCGAGUUAGAGAGGACCAACACCAUCAAGGUCUAUUCUUCGGCUUCAAUUCCGAUAUCACUAUUUCAAAUCAAUAAUAAUAACGACACUAUUAGAGCAGCAUUUUUUCAUCAUGUUCCCUGUUCCAAGUAAGUCAAGUCUGGGACCCCAUUUUUCGGGAGAUGUAUGAGCAGAAGUGACCCAUCCCCUUCAGUGAAUAGGUCUCAAAACACGUUUUCCUUUUCUUCUUUUGUGCCCAAACUUUUUGCAGUGAAGAAUUCACCGGUCAUGACCAUGACGAGAAAAAAACCACCCACAUUGCUUGACGUUUGCUUUCCCAAUUCGUGUGAAGCAUCAUCAUCCGUUCCGAGCUUCGCACCUAAUUGGUUAGAAAUAUGAGUAGAUUUGACAUUAUUUUUCAAUGAAAAAGUGUAAUGAAACUGACCAUGGGUGUGCCAUGAAAAAGAAAUGACAUUUGAUAAGCGUCACAAAUAAAGAACAUGAUCACCCCGUUUGAUUCAA